AAGAUGCCGAAGCAGCGACACGUGACCGCUGUCCGCUGCUGUGAUUGGUUGAGCGGGUGUCAACGUAGAGCUGGAACAGAGCGAGCUGACGACCAGUCGGUUGUGUUUAUGCUAAAGGUUCAACAAUGCUUCUCAACAAGGUGUUCAGAGCCAGCCUUCGGUCUGGGAUUCGCCUGCAGAGCUCCAGUGCCACUGCAGCUAAAGCAGCUUCCAGCGGUCAUGCAGGAUCCUCUGGCUUCUCCUUCGAACUGACGGAUCAGCAGAAGGAGUUCCAGCAGCUGGCGAGGAGGUUCGCUCGUGAAGAGAUGCUCCCUGAGGCUGCCGCUUACGACAGGAGUGCUGAAUAUCCGUUCCCCAUCAUCAAGAAGGCAUGGGAGCUGGGUCUGGUGAACGGUCACAUCCCUCAGGAGUACGGUGGGAUGGGUCUGUCCAUCUUUGACGCCUGCCUCAUCACAGAGGAGCUGGCCUACGCCUGCACAGGAAUGCAGACCGCCAUUGAGGCGAACUCUCUGGGGCAAAUGCCGGUUAUCAUUGCUGGGAAUGAAGCGCAGAAGAAGAAAUACCUGGGAAGGAUGACGGAGGAGCCGCUGAUGUGUGCGUACUGCGUCACUGAACCCGGGGCGGGCUCCGACGUGGCCGGCCUGAGGACCCGGGCCGUGAAGAUGGGAGACGAGUACGUCGUCAACGGACAGAAGAUGUGGAUCACCAACGGAGGGAAAGCUAACUGGUACUUCCUCCUCGCUCGCACCAAUCCUGAUCCCAAAUGUCCAACUAGCAAAGCGUUCACUGGCUUCAUUGUGGAUGCCGACACUCCAGGGAUUCAGAUCGGAAGGAAGGAGAUGAAUAUGGGCCAGAGGUGCUCCGACACCAGAGGCAUCACAUUCGAAGACGUCAGGAUACCGAAGGAGAACGUCCUGAUCGCAGAGGGAGCCGGGUUCAAAAUCGCCAUGGGUGCCUUUGACAACACCCGGCCACCAGUGGCAGCGGGAGCAACAGGCCUGGCCCAGCGGGCUCUUGAUGAAGCCACCAACUACGCCCUGGAGAGGAAGACCUUCGGCAAAGUCAUCGCUGAGCAUCAGGCCGUGUCGUUCCUCCUGGCUGAGAUGGCCAUGAAGGUGGAGCUGGCCCGCAUGGCGUACCAGCGGUCCGCUUGGGAAGUGGACCAAGGCCGCAGGAACACCUACUACGCCUCCAUCGCCAAGGCCUUCGCCGGGGACAUCGCCAAUCAGGUGGCCACCGACGCCGUUCAGGUCUUCGGAGGCAACGGCUUCAACAGCGACUACCCGGUGGAGAAGCUGAUGAGGGACGCAAAGAUCUACCAGAUCUACGAAGGCACGGCUCAAAUCCAAAGGCUCAUUAUCGCCAGGGAACACCUGGGAAAAUUCAAGAAAUGAAGCGUUUGCCUGCCGCCGUCCUCAUUUAGAGCAACUUCCUGUUAGCCUCUGCAGCUCUGUUCAUAACGUGUUUCUGUAAGAUGGAUUCUUGUUCAGGAUGCAGCGCCGAUCCUUCCUGCCUUAAACGAUUCAGAUCAUCAAUCUGAACCACGGGGUCCUGAUUCUAAUAGUCCGGUUCAGAUCAUGAAAAGGAAGCUCACUUUGAAAAUAUCGACAGCAUUGCGCAAUGUUUCAGAGCUUUGCUGUGAGGAAUAUCACACAGACUGCUUAUUGUCUGUUCUUAUAGCAUCAGAAAUACAUCUUUAAGCAUUAAUCAGCCGUUGGUUGUAAAAUUGAACUAAAGUAGCUCUUCUGUUAAUCUUGUCCAUCUUUUCUGUAAGGUUUUAUUGUGUCACACUUUCAGCCUUUUAAUAACAGUCUUGCUCAUCUUCUUGCCUUAUUUUGCCUGCAUCCGUCUGACUGUUCACGUCUCAAAAAGAUCAAACGUGUAAAAAUAACUUUAAACUUGAACAGAAUGUGUAGAAAGAUGUUAAGAAUGUCUGAUAAUGCGGUUUUUCUAUCUGAUCAGUAACAUUCUGCCUGUUUUUACAUUUGAAAUGAGAUUAAAACUGUUUUACAGUAAGACUUCAGUAAUGUUGGAUGUAAUACUGUAAUUUAAGGGUUUAUUCACAGCCUGAAUGCCGUCAUUUCAUUAAAUUAUUUCACUUCUGCUCAGAG